AUGGAGGAGAUGAUGGGAUCAUGGGACAAAAGAAGGGGAGAACAAGAAGAACAAGAAGAAGAGGAGGAACAAGUGUUGAAACUUCCAGGGUUUAGGUUCCAUCCCACGGACGAGGAGCUUGUAGGGUUUUAUCUCUCUAAGAAAGUACUCCUCAAGAAACCUAGCAAGAUCGAUGAGAUCAUCGACCAAAUAGAUAUCUAUAAAUUCGAUCCAUGGGAUCUUCCUCGGUCGAGGAAUACGGAGAAGGAGAGCUACUUCUUCUGCAAGAGAGGAAGAAAGUAUAGAAACAGCAUAAGACCGAACCGAGUGACUGGUUCCGGUUUCUGGAAAGCCACAGGUAUCGACAAACCCGUCUAUUCUGAUAAUAUCCGUAGCAAAGCCGUCAUCGGUCUGAAGAAGACACUCGUUUACUACCUCGGAAACGCCGGGAAAGGAAGCAAGACAGAUUGGAUGAUGCACGAGUUUCGUCUCCCCACAGCCAAUGACACCAUACCUGGUGGCUCCACACACCAUAACCCUACUAUUCCCUCUUCCUUGCAACAUGCGGAAGUAUGGACGUUGUGCCGGAUAUUCAAGAGAAAUGUGUCUAGUCGAAAAUACACUCCGGACUGGAGAGAAUUAGCAGGUGGGAAACGAGUGAAGCCGGAACAAUCCAAGUAUCAAGAAGCAUUAAUCAGUUUUGGUGACAAUGAAAGUAGUAGUAGCACCAGUAAUAUCAACGUUACGGAAUGCAAAGGGAGUUAUGAUCAGAGGAACGUUUUCCAGCUUCACCAAACGACUCAUCAUCAACAACAACAGCCCAUUCCCAUGGACACUACUUUACAAGUCGAUACGGUUCCACAUUUCUUAAACGACGAUAACAUUCACAAUCUAACCUACGAGAACUGGGAUGAGCUACGUUCGGUUGUGGAUUUUGCUUUCGGCCCUUCUUCUAUUUAG